UAUUUGAAAUGAAAACCCUAGCCCCUCCGCACAACCAGCUUCUUCGCUCGUUCCCGGGGCACCGCCGGAGCAUCGACGCCGGCGCGUGGAAGCGGCGGUGCUGGACCCCAGCGGCGGAUGCCAUGGCGGCGGAAUUCAAGACGGAGCACGAGAAGAAGGGGGAAAAGGAGAACAAGCUUUGGGGCGGACGGUUCCAGGAGAGCGUCACCGAUGCGGUGGAGCGCUUCAGCGAAUCCGUCUCGUUUGAUAAGCAGCUCUACAAGCAAGAUAUCAGGGGUAGCCGUGCUCAUGCCACCAUGCUCGCCAACCAGGGUUUGAUGAGUGACAGUGAUAGAUGCUGCAUAUUGAGUGGUCUGGACGAAAUAGAAAGGAGGAUUGAGAAUGGGGAGUUUGUUUGGAGGGCGGAUAGGGAGGAUGUGCACAUGAACAUAGAGGCAGCACUCACAGACUUGAUUGGUGAACCAGCGAAAAAGCUUCACACUGCCAGAAGCCGGAAUGAUCAAGUUGUAACAGAUCUCCGCUUGUGGUGUCGGGAUGCCAUUGAUCAGAUUCUGUCAUGCAUCAAGCAACUUCAGGUUGGACUAAUUAUGCUAGCUAAAGAGAAUGAAGGUCUGAUAGUUCCUGGAUAUACACAUUUGCAGAGAGCACAACCUGUUCUGUUGCAGCAUCUUCUGUUAUCAUAUGUUGAGCAGCUUGAACGUGAUUUUUGUCGACUGGUAAAUUGCAAAGAUAGACUGAAUGUCUGUCCAUUGGGUGCGUGUGCUUUGGCUGGCACUGGCCUGCCGAUUGACAGGUUCAUGACCUCAGAAGCAUUGGGUUUUAGUGCUCCUAUGAAGAACAGCAUUGAUGCAGUAUCAGAUCGUGACUUCGUUUUGGAGUUUCUGGCAGCAAAUUCAAUUACCGCCAUUCACCUUUCACGACUUGGUGAAGAAUGGGUCAUGUGGGCUUCUGAAGAGUUUGGGUUCUUGACCCCAAGUGACAAAGUUUCCACUGGUAGCAGUAUUAUGCCACAGAAGAAAAAUCCUGAUCCAAUGGAACUUGUUCGUGGAAAGUCAGCUAGAGUAGUGGGGGACCUUGUCACCCUUUUGGUUCUCUGCAAGGGGCUCCCACAGGCCUACAAUCGUGAUCUACAGGAAGAUAAAGAACCUUUAUUCGACAGUGUUAAGACUAUAAUUGGAAUGCUUGAAGUGACAACUGAGUUUGCACAUAACGUCACCUUCAAUCGUCAAAAGAUCCAAAAGGCACUACCAGCUGGGCAUCUCGAUGCAACAACACUUGCUGAUUAUCUUGUGAAGAAGGGCAUUCCUUUUAGAACAUCUCAUGAUAUAGUUGGAAGGUCAGUUGCUCUUUGUGUUGCGAAAAUUUGUCAGCUCUCAGAUCUUACACUUGAUGACUUCCGAAUCAUAAGUCCAGUGUUUGAGGAAGAUGUUUAUGAGUUUCUCGGUGUUGAAAACUGCGUUAAAAAAUUCUGCUCAUAUGGAUCAACUGGUUCAGAAAUGGUGGCUGAGCAACUCAAUGCAUGGAUAACUAAGCUUAACAUCAGUGGCAUCUCAUCAUAGAAUGAAGUAUGAUGUCUUCUACUGCAUCAAAAAGGAUUACUAAAUUUUAUCGUAUUAAUUGAUAAAUUAAUUACCCCCCGAUCAUUUGUUAGUCAACUCCUAGCUCGGACUCUACGGUUUAUCAGCGCCCAUGAUACGGAAAUGCAUCAGACAUUGCUUACCUUUGAUACCAGGUUAUUCGCAGGCUGCAUAAUGGCACAGCGCAAGGUAUGUAAUGCAUUCUUACUAUAUUUAUUGUGAUUUUGUGUGACUAUGGUUGGAGAUUAGACCUUCAAUUUGAAGGUUCAAUGAUAUAUUUAUUGUUGUUCUUUCUUUUUUUUUUUGUGCUUGCUUGUGUUUCUAUAUUCUCUAUGGAUAUUUAAUGAAGUUUGCUGGACUAAA